CUUUUAUAUAAAAAGUCGAGUAUAAAAGUUCUUAUAAUAAUUAUAUAUAUAUAUAUAUUUUUCUUUUUUUUUUACAAAAGUUGAAAAUGGAUCAAAAAUCAUCUCUAGAAAAUGAUCUCAAAAUUGAUACUAAAAUGUCAAAUCGUAAACGCCAAAAAACUACUACUACACGUCGUAAAGGAAAAGAACCGGUUAAAUCAACUCCAAUAGCGCUCUCAUCUGAUCUUCCAAUUGCCAUGAGAUUACCUCAAGAGACACUCUGUCAGAUAUUCAGCAACUUGGUUGAACAUCCGGUACAUUUUACGCGAGUAGCUCAAGUUUGUAAAUCAUGGAAGGCAGCAGCUGAUACUCAUCUUUAUUGGCGUCAUCUUACCUAUAAAAUGGAUUUACCUCCACCAAAGCCCAGAGCUUGGAAGUAUAAAACUUAUAAAUCAGUCGUUGAAAGAGAAUGGAGAAAUCAAAAUUUUUGUAGUUUAUGUUUUAGGAAAUCUAAUGCGAUAGAAAGAUUAAAUAUUCAAACAGUGAUAACCAAUAGUUACGAAAUUGCAAAAUUUUGUAUUAGCGAAAAAAUUGAUUGGUAUCCAAUUUUUAAUGCGGAGAAUGUUAAUCACGAAUUUUGUGUUUUUGAGAAACACUUCGUUGAGAAUCCUAAUGUUCUCAGAAAUCCAAUUAAAUUGGUUGAAAAAGAUAUUUCUGACGAAAAUAUCGACAUGGAAUCCACUGAUAACAAGAACGAACUUUGCGAAAAAAGUAAUCUAUUUGGAGCAUCCGACCUUUCUUCUUUAUCAAUUAGCGUAGCUUCAUCUUCACAAGAUUUAACAACUUUCUCUCAAUCAAAUACAACUUCUGAUUUGUCAACUUCUGUUGAACAUGUAAAUAUGUCUACCACCAAAAGUCUUGAUAAACCUAAUUCGUCUACUUCAAAGUUAAUUCUGAGACAUAACCUCUGUAGAAAUUGUAAUACUCGAUUGAAUAGUAAAAAAAUGGAACGUGAAGAAAAUGAUCGUCGUAAUCUUCUUACCUCCAAGCUCAAAGAACAUGGUCUUUCUCUUCGUUCAGAUUCACGUCUUUGUAAUAGUUUUAUUGAACAUGGGAUUGGUGAUCCUGAUAGAAUUGUUCAAAUUAUGACGGAAAUGAAUUGGUUUUUCAAAUACACUGAUUAUGAUAAUUUGAGAUACGUUUAUAAUAAUGAUUAUUUGAAUGAUAUUGAUUGGGAAGAUGGUAUGUUCAUUGACCGAUUUGAUAUGCCGUGGCGUCGUUAUUUUGGUAGACCAAGAACGAUAUCAACUAGGAGAGUUGAUUCUGAAUCUGGAAAAAGAUUGGCUUUGGAGAGAUGGGUUCAACAAAGAUUUUCUAAAGGAAUUUUUACUUCUCCUAGCGAGGAUCCUACUUCAGAUCAAAGACCUCCGCCAACUCUUUGGGAACAAAUUAACCGAAUUAUUGAUAAAAAAUCAAAUAAUGAGGAAAUAUUUUCUGAAGGAUCAUCAUCUCAACAAGAUCGGAAGAUAACGGGGCAAGACUUUGAAGAUUUUGAAGACUUUAAUUUUGAGGAUUUUGAUGAUGAAUUUGAGGAAAUUGAAGAAGAAGAAAGCAGUUGUUGGUUUGAUAUGAUUUAAUUAAGCUUUAUUUUACUCGCCUUGCGACUAGAUUUAAUAAUCUUACGUAUAUUAUUGCGGCAUCCAACAAACUAUUAAUAACAUGCAUUCCGUUAUGAAUUAUUACAAUGCAGCAGUAUAAUUGUUUAUAGGAUAAAAAUAUAUGGAUA